UCCGUUACCUUUUCCCUACUAAGCGUUAAGUAGCUGCCCCUCACAUGUGACUUCUGUCCUCCGAGACCUUGGCUGUAAAGUGCAGCAGCUGACGAGUGUGUACUUCAUUACUGCAGGGUGUAGUGUCACUCAGCUGGGAGCACAACAUAGUGGGCUUAAAGAACAAACAUAACCAUGCAGGCACACGAGAUCCUCAGAAACCUCAGGAUACCGGAGCUCGGGGAUGUGCAGCAUUAUGUGCGGACUCUGCCCACUAACACCUUGAUGGGCUUUGGUGCCUUUGCAGCUCUAACAACUUAUUGGUAUGCGACGAGACCGAAGGCUCUGAAACCCCCGUGUGACUUGGCCAUGCAGUCUGUGGAGAUAAAGGGAGGUGAACAUGCUCGCAGAUCCACCAUUCUGGAUAGUGAUGAGGUGGUCACGUAUUACUAUGAGGACGUUAAAACAAUCUAUGACAUUUUCCAAAGAGGGAUGCGGGUAUCAAAUAAUGGGCCUUGUUUAGGACAUAGGAAACCAAAUCAGCCAUAUGAGUGGAUUUCUUAUAAAGAGGUGUCCGAAAGAGCUGAGUAUGUGGGAUCUGCACUGCUGCACAGAGGGUUAAAAUCUUCACCGGAUCAAUUUGUAGGCAUAUUUGCACAAAACAGACCAGAGUGGACAAUUGUGGAACUGGGCUGCUAUACAUACUCAAUGGUGGCGGUGCCGCUUUAUGACACACUGGGAGCCGAGGCAAUAACUUACAUCAUUAACAAAGCUGAUCUCUCAGUAGUGUUUUGCGACUCGCCGGAGAAGGCAAAACUUUUGCUUUCCAAUGUUGAAAAUGGAGAAACACCGGUGCUCCGCACCAUUGUGCUUAUGAAUCCUUUUGACGAUGAUCUUGUUGAGAGAGGCAAGAAGUGUGGUGUUGAAUUGGUCAGCUUGAAGGCUAUAGAGGAAGAGGGAAAAGCCAACAGAGAAAACCCAAAGCCUCCCAAACCGGAAGACCUGGCAGUUGUUUGCUUCACAAGUGGCACAACAGGCAAUCCAAAGGGCGCAAUGCUAUCUCACAAGAACAUUGUGAGCAACAGUGCAGGUUUUAUGAAAGUAACGGAGGACUUCAUGUUUCCUUCUACUCAAGAUGUUCUGAUUUCUUUUCUGCCCUUGGCUCAUAUGUUUGAGAGAGUUGUGGAGUGUGUAGUGCUUUGCCACGGCGCUCGGAUAGGAUUCUUUCAAGGAGACAUAAGACUUCUCAUGGAUGAUCUUAAAGUUUUGCAACCCACUAUAUUCCCUGUAGUUCCCAGACUCCUGAACAGAAUGUUUGACAGAAUCUUUGGGCAAGCCAACACACCAGUGAAGAGAUGGAUGUUGGACUUUGCAUCUAAGAGAAAGGAAGCUGAACUUCGCAGUGGCAUUAUCAGAAAUGACAGUUUCUGGGACAAAAUCAUAUUUCAUAAAGUGCAGGCUAGCCUUGGUGGAAAAGUCCGACUUAUGAUAACUGGAGCUGCACCUGUAUCUCCCACUGUAUUAACUUUCUUGCGGGCAGCACUUGGCUGUCAGUUCUAUGAAGGAUAUGGACAGACCGAAUGUACAGCAGGAUGCUCUCUUACUAUGCCAGGAGAUUGGACUGCAGGUCACGUUGGGGCACCAAUGCCGUGCAGUCAUGUAAAGCUGGUGGACGUAGAAGAGAUGAAUUACUUUGCAGCAAAGGGAGAGGGUGAAGUUUGUGUCAAAGGGUCAAAUGUGUUUCAAGGGUAUUUAAAAGAUGAAGAAAAAACUGCAGAGGCCUUGGACAAGGAUGGCUGGCUGCAUACCGGAGAUAUCGGCAAAUGGCUACCAAAUGGCACUCUUAAGAUUAUAGACAGAAAGAAACACAUCUUUAAGCUGGCACAGGGAGAGUACAUUGCACCAGAGAGAAUUGAAAAUAUCUACACAAGAAGUGAGCCUGCGGUACAGGUUUUUGUCCAUGGAGAAAGUUUACAGGCCUUUUUAGUUGGCAUUGUCGUGCCAGAUCCUGAUAACGUGAUGAACUGGGCAAAGAAAAGAAAAUUUGAGGGCUCUUAUGAAGAGUUAUGCAAAAACAAGGAUUUUAAAAAUGCAGUUCUUGAAGAUUUGCUAAAGCUUGGCAAAGAAGCAGGAUUAAAAACUUUUGAACAGGUAAAAGACAUUGCUUUGCACUCAGAAAUGUUUUCAAUUGAGAACGGCUUACUGACGCCUACACUGAAAGCCAAACGGCCAGAGCUGCGGAAAUAUUUUAAGGACGAAAUUGAAGAAUUGUACGCUAAUAACAAGGUUUAAUCCCACAAACUUCAGUGAAUGCCCAGCGUCAUUAAAUCACCGGUUAACUAUUCACAAGCGCAGGCAAAGUGAUACCACUCAUAGGAAUAGUACCACACAAUCCCUAAAAUGCCUUACAGGUCGCCUGUACUGUAACACUUGCUGGGUGAUCUUGAAUAUACAGAGUAGGCCUUAUGGUGAAAAGGACUGCUAGCUUCUGUCUGAUUGGACAAGGCUUGGACUUAACCGAUUACUCAUGUAAUUCUCUCCACUCUCGUUGUUUGUUUCCUCCAUUUGUAUGCUGCUUUCUGAUGUCUGGUGUUUCUCCUAAAGUUCAGUCUCCCACGAUCACUGUUUGGCUUAUGAUAAAGAACAUUCUGUAUAUCCUGGAUACAAUUUACAGAAGAGAAUACUUGAUUUAAGAGAUGUGGAAAAGGAACCAGUACUUUCCGUUAUUCAUCUGCCUGUGUAAAUUAAUAUAUUUUAACAAAGACUCUGGUUGGAGGCCGCAAAGUCCUUGUUAACCAGUCUCCUUGCCAGCAACUUGUGUGCAUGUAAAUAUACCAUGACCAUGCAGUGGCCCGUUACUCUGCAAGCAAAAUAGUAGCUUUCUAACUUUUAAACACUUCCACCCCCCCCAUAAGAAACUAAAUUAUAAGCCUUUUAAAAAUGGGAGGAUUUAGUAAUUUUUCCAAUUUUUUAAAAAAGAAAAAAAAAGAGAAAAAAUAUCACUGUCUGCACACCAAUGAUCUUGCAUAAUUUCUGCACACCGUUUUCUUCCACAUAAUUUAAGAAAGUGUGACUUUAUCUUCUAGUAUCUUUAGAAAGCUGCUACAGUCUGUGCUAUGAUGACCAGUCCUGCAAAAGAAGUGCAAUUACUGCUGAUGGUUCUGGCAACAGCCCUGAAGAUGUUGAUGUUUUAUACAGUACGAGUUUUUGGGAGAACAGGUAGAGGGACAGAGAUUUUCAAUUUGGUCACAAGGGAGUUAAAAUAUUGAAAAGCACAAAAAUGGUUUUGCACUAUAUAAAGCGUGUGUUAUAACAAUGCACUGUAGGGAUAGGGGGAUAUCUUAUUCCUUGCACAGAUACCAACAUUUUUAUCCAAAUGGAAUGUGACUCGUUAUACUGAAUUAUAGAAAGUUUGCUUAGCAGUUGUGGGUUCUACUGUACAAACGAUAACAUUUUUAUGUCUUUUCCCAUCGCUUCAAAAAAAUGAAGGAAACCAAAAUAAAUAAUAAUGAAAUUGUA